CACCGGGUCUCAGUGCAAUUUGGGACUGGGUGACGUGCGUACGUUGUUAACGGUUGUUUUUGGUUGUUAUUGCUUCGUUUUUUUUUUUGGCGCACUCAACUCAGCUCGUGGAAUCGAAAUUGGGAACAUCAAUAUGGAUACGAAGAGUGACUACAGAUUCGGCAGUAUUGACUAUACUAUAUUUCUGGGCAUGAUUGUGCUAUCCACUGGAACGGGCAUUUACUUCAGCUGCUACAAAAAAACUAAAAAGUCCAUUGAGGAAGUGGAGCCUACCUUGCCCGGCAGUGUUGUCAAAGAACAUGAUUUUGGGUCGGCUAAGAUGAGCGAAUAUUUGCUGGGAUCGCGUCAAUUGAAAGUUUUUCCUGUUGCCAUGAGUCUGAUAGCCAGCUAUGUAUCGGGCGUCACGAUACUGGGCACCACAUCAGAGAUAUAUAAUUAUGGCACACAAUACUGGUUUAUAGCCAUAGCCAUUCUAUUACAAGGCAUCGCUGUCUCUUAUGUAUAUAUACCAGUUUUUACGGUACUGCAAGUCGGCUCGUCCUAUGAGUAUCUGGAAAUGCGCUUCCAUUCGGUGAUACGUAGCAUUGCCUCAUUCAUGUUCAUCUUGGAUGAGAUACUCUUCCUGCCUUUCAUUGUAUAUGUGCCCGCUAUUGCAUUGAACCAAGUCUCUGGCAUCAAUUUGCAUGUGAUAUCGGCGGUGAUUGUGAUCGUGUGUGUCUUCUAUACCUUUGUUGGUGGCAUUAAGGCUGUCGUCCAUACAGAUGCCUGGCAGACGCUUGUUAUGUUCCUCUCGGUGCUGGUUGUGGCUGUGUUGGGCACGUUCUAUGCCAACGGACUGGACAAGUUGUUCGAUGAUGCCGCCAAGGGUGAACGUCUGAUCUUUACCAAUAUAAAUCCAUCGCCUUAUGUGCGUCACACGGUUUGGAGCGUGCUCAUUGGUGGCUUCUCGUAUUGGAUCUCCUUCAACGCCGUCAAUCAGACCAUGGUGCAGCGUUACAUGUCGCUGCCAUCGCUGAAGCAGGCGCGUGCCUCGAUGGCCAUAUUCACAAUUGGCGUGGCUGCCUUCGUCUCUGUUUGCUGCUAUGUGGGUCUGCUGAUCUUCGAGAAGUACCAGAAUUGUGAUCCUCUCUCGGCAGGCCUCAUCACGCACGAUGACCAGCUGCUGCCACUGUAUGUGGUGCAGACUGUGGGACAUAUCUCUGGGAUGGCUGGUCUCUUCAUAGCGGGCAUCUUCGGUGCCGCCUUGAGUUCCCUGUCUGUGGUGCUCAACUCCACUUCGCUGGUCAUAUUGGAGGACAUUGUGCGGGGCUGCUUUAAGAUUCAGCCCAGUGAACGCGCCUCCACAAUCUUGGUUAAGGGCAGCAUUAUAGUGUUGGGCGCAAUUGCGCUGUCGCUUGUUCUGGUGCUGGAGCACUUAAGUGGCGUAUUGAGCAUCUGCACCUCCAUGACGGCCAUUGCAGCGGGCACCACCUUCGGCCUCUUUACACUGGGCAUGCUCGUGCCGUGGGCGAAUAAUGUAGGCACAGCGGUCGGCGGCAUUGCGGGCGCCUUGCUGGCUGGUUGGAUAUCCUUUGGCACACAGUUUACCAUUGCAGCGGGUCAGCUCAACUCACAGAAACUCAACGUGUCCGUGGAGCAGUGUACGACAAAUAUAACGCUGCCCGAACACAACUGGGUGGACGAGGAGGAUGUGUUUCCACUUUAUCGUCUGUCGUAUCACUGGAUCAAUCCGAUUGGCGUGGCCACCGUCAUUGUUGUCGGCUCCAUUGUCUCGCUGCUGACGAAGCCCACAGAUGUGAAGACACUUGAUGCGCAGCUAAUCUCGCCAGUUUUACAUCGAUUUUUGCCCAAGGAGUGUUUUGUCAGCCGUCAGCAGCCGCAAACGAAUCUGCUGAAUCGCACAUAAUUACAAAAUAGAACAAGAUG